GUUGCGGGGCCGCGUCUGGCUACCGAGGGGCGGGCUAUCGACGGCGGUCUGUGGCGCUAACGCUCUCUGCGGGACGGAGCUCCAGUGUUGUUUUGAAUUUACGAUAAGACACCGAUUGUAACAGGGGGGCUCGGGGCCUUUUUGGAUAAGAUGGCGGAUGCAGAAGACGACGAAACUCGGUCGGCUCCCCCUUCGGCAUCGCGCAACGGUCCGGUCGUCGGCUCUGCGGGCACCGCGGGCCAGAACGCCGCCGCCGGUGUGGUCAACGCCACGUCGGGUCCGCGGAUGGUGAGGAUCGUCAAGUCCGAGUCCGGCUACGGGUUCAACGUCCGCGGUCAAGUGAGCGAAGGAGGGCAGCUUCGCAGCAUCAACGGGGAGCUGUACGCUCCUCUCCAGCACGUCAGCGCUGUUUUGCCCGGAGGAGCGGCGGACCGAGCCGGGAUUUCAAAGGGCGACCGGAUCCUGGAAGUGAAUGGGGUGAGCGUGGAAGGUGCCACCCACAAGCAGGUGGUGGACCUCAUCCGUGCAGGGGAGAAGGAGCUGGUUCUGGCUGUGCUGUCGGUCCCAGCUCAGGAGGCCGACGGACUGGAAGGAGGAGACGAGGUCCAAAUCACUUAUGACUACAGCGACAAGCAGGCUGUGCCCAUCUCCAUUCCCACGUACAAACACGUAGAGCAGCACUCGGAGAGGUUUGUGGUGUACAACGUGUACAUGUCCGGUAGACAGCUGUGCUCAAAGCGCUACCGGGAGUUUGCCAUCCUGCACCAGAACCUCAAGAGAGAAUUUUCUAACUUCAACUUCCCAAAGCUCCCCGGUAAAUGGCCCUUCUCCCUGUCCGAACAGCAGCUGGAUGCUCGCCGCAGAGGCCUGGAGGAAUAUCUCGAGCGAGUUUGCUCUGUGCGGGUUGUCGGGGAGAGUGACAUCAUGCAGGAGUUUCUCUCUGAAUCAGAUGAGAACUACAAUGGGGUGACGGAUGUAGAGCUGCGGAUAGCCCUUCCAGACAAGACCACCAUCUCCGUCAGAGUACGCAAGAACAGCACCACCGAUCAGGUGUACCAGGCGUUGGUGAUGAAGGUCGGAAUGGACAGUAUUAUGGCGAGCUACUUUGCCCUUUUUGAAGUCAUCAACCACUCCUUUGUGCGGAAGCUGGUUCCUAAUGAGUUUCCCCACAAGCUUUAUGUGCAGAACUACACGUCAGCAGUGCCGGGGACUUGCUUGGCGCUCCGCAAAUGGUUGUUCAGCUUCCAGGAGGAGGAGCUGCUACGAGACAACCCGUUGGCGCUGCACUACUGCUUUCACCAGGCAUUGGAAGAUGUGAAGAAGGGAUUCAUAAAAACAGAGGACAAAUCCUACCAGCUGCAGAAACUGGCAGAGCAGCGCAAGAUGGCCACGUACCUGAGUCUGUUGCGGACAUGCAAGGGCUACAACGAGGUGUCCUUCCCCCACUGCUCCUGUGACUCCAGAAGGAAAGGACAUGUCAUCACAGCGAUCAGCAUCCAUCACUUCAAGCUGCACGCUUGUACCGAGGACGGCACGCUGGAGAACCAGGUGAUAGCGUUUGAGUGGGCCGAGAUGCAGCGCUGGGACACGGACGAGGAGGGGAUGGCUUUCUGCUUUGAAUACGCCCGAGGAGAGAAGAAACCUCGCUGGGUCAAGAUCUUCACUCCAUAUUUUAACUACAUGCACGAGUGCUUCGAGCGGGUCUUUUGUGAGCUGAAGUGGAGGAAACAGGUGGAGGAAGAGGCAUCCGACAAAGACAACAAGAACUGCAGUAACAAUGAGUAUCUGCCUCCUCUGGAGACGCAGCAGAAGGGAUGGCGCCACCUGGGGGGAGAGAUCGCAACUUCCUAAAAUCACAUGACAUCACUCGAACUAGAACUGGUCCACUUGCAUCUCCAUAGCCACCUCAGAGCGCCCCAUCGACGAAACGCCGACCUCAGUGAGAGACUGAGGCCGUCCACGGCCCCCGAAAAACUACGACCGGACGCACCCGGGAAUGGAAUAGCCGGACUCCACCGACCCCCAGGGACACACACACACACACACACACACACACACACACACACACACACUCUCACACAGAGCGGGAUGAGAGAUGAAGGAAAAUAAACAACAGCCAACUUUCAUAUCUUUCACUACAUCUCCAUAGCGCGUUUGUUGUUGGUCGCCCCCCAAUGUGCGGCAGGACACAAGCAGCUUCUCUCCACCGGUAGAGGUGUAACACACACACACACACACACACAGCGAGGGAGUGGUCCGGGGCACUACUGCUCCGGGAAAAGGGAGCACCUCGACGAAUGCAUCGCCACUCCACACGGGAGCCAACACGUGAGAUGGAAAUGUCCAAUGGUGAUUGGCUCUCGCCUCUCGUCUGCUGAACUGAGCUGACAGAAAUACGGAUGAAGAGAUGUAGGGGGAUGAAGGGGGAGGGUUCAGUUCUGUAUUGCUUAGUGACAGAGAAAGAAAGCAAAAGGAUGCUUUACACUGACGGGGACAACAAAAGAAAAGGUUCAGGUUUUUUCCUUUUUAAAUCCGUAUGGUCAGAUGUAUUCUGCCCUUGUCUGAAAACAUAGUCAACAAAUGGAGCUGUAAAGAAAGUGUGUGGGGGAGGGGACGGGUCGUGAUUAUGUGUAUGUUUAUCUUACUUCUGAUAAAAUAUAGAUUAAUAUAAGAGCUAUAAAAAAAAAAGUUUCUUGAACUAACACAAUGAAACACUAACUGCGUUGCUGCUCUAACAAAUUUCAACUUUUCAUCUUCUGUUCCACGCUGGUGAGAGGAGACGUCUGUUAGCGACCGUUUGUGUAUUUCUGCCCCUCGACAGUGUUUUAAUGUGGUUAUUUUGCAGAGCGCGUGAGUUGAGAGGAAGACUCGAUGGGCCAAAUGUUUAUAGAAUGGCAUGCAGUGUGACUGACAGAUUGUGGACAUAAAGACAAAAGACAAGUUCUGUCUGAGUUGCAGUUCUUUGAACGGGCAGCAGAGGGCAGCAGAGUGCAGGACAUUUUUAGCUGGAGGCUUGAAAAAAAAAAGAUUGAACUCCCGAGCGCCAUCCAGAGUGAUCCCUCCGGCUCUGUAACCCACCCAGAAGCAUCACUCCUCUUCAGCCUGUCCAAUAACUACGUCAGGAGGACCGAUGGGGUGUGUGUGUGUGUGUGUGUGUGUAGAGUAGAUUGUGCAUACAGUUGUGUGACUGCAACCAACAUACAUAGCAAUGCACCAGCUCGCACUGGUACAGUUGCGAGCUGUGCGUAUUUGAACAUGACUGAUCUACACCGAUUUUUCUUUUUAGAGCAGCACUUAAGUUAUUUUUUCCCAACAUGUUUUUCUCUUGGUAGAUUUUCAAUUUAUUUGUUCUCAGACAAUGUGCGUAAACGUAUUGAUUUCCUUUUUAAAUGCAAUAGAGCUUUCUUUAUCCCACUAAUGGCGUAGUUUGCAGCCGCUCAUUACUGACUCAUUCUUGAGCUUCACUCCAGUAACCAAAAACCUGAACGCGCGAGUCCUGCCGGUUACUCUUCUUUCUCACACUGACAUAAAGCACAGGUUUCAGCUCUCCGUUAGUCUCUCGUUCUCUGUCUAUAUUUGCAGUUGAGCUUAGUUUUUGCGGUUGAAUAAAAUGGUUAAUUCAUGCCUGGGUUCAGUCCUGAUUUGCUUUCAGUCCGUUACCUUGGAGCACGCUGGGUCGUGUGCGUGUGCACCGCUGCCGCGUGCGCUCGUCCUCUGUGUUUAUCGUUGACAUUGCUGAUAAGCUUUUGCGCUCUGAUUGGACGUGUCUGAUGAGCUGUCGGUGUGUGCGAGCCAGCAAAUGAAGAUGGGAUUUUGUACCCAUAAGACAACGCGGACGGCAGACAGAUGGAGACAAAUGGGAGGCGUCGUCUGUUGUCGAUAGCUAACGUUCGCAGGCCGAGACACAAACACAGAGAAACCCCUGUUUGUGGUCUGAUAAACGGUAAAAUGGCCAGAUGUGUAGUUAUUAUUCAUCCUGUCACCUCUAAGGACCGGCCUCCGUUAUGAACAACACACACACACACACACAGGAUAGCUGGAUUGUGAAAAGCGCUGCAUGUUUGUGCAGAUUGCUGGAUGGUCAUUUUGACAGCCAGAAUAAAAGCCAUUUCAGAGAUGGAUGACAUAACAACUGGAGCUGUUCAACCAUCCUGAAACGUUUUUCUCUCUUCUUUGUAAGACGGAGACAGAGCGAGUGUGUGUGUGUGUGUGUCUGUGGGGGCUUUUCUGUCCUCUCCUCGUACUCCAGGUUGGUCUCCUGUAAACACCGGGGGCUGUGGUUGCCGUGGCAGCGCCACGUUGGCUCAACACGCCCAGUGCGGCCUCCGUUGGCUUGUUCCCCGUCAGUCAAGUGACUCCGCCGAUAUUGUAUUAAAAGCAGUGUUUCCGUGUUUGUCGUUUGUUCUCGGCCCCCGGGGCUCAUGCUACUGUGAAUAGGCUUUCAGAAAGCUGCUGGGGUCUUUUUGUUUCCUCCGUAUUUCUGUGUUUUUGGGUCGUGUCGUCGGCGCCAGCUGCCACCUUGCGCUCCGUCUCAGUCACAGGCAGGUGCGCGUACCGUCAGUUGUUCUCCGUUUCUGUCAUCCGUGCGAUAAACGUCAUUGUAGCCGUGUUUAGGUGAACGCAGAGCGGUGACAGGAAUGUCAAGGAGCACGUCUUCAUGUGGUCGGCCCGUGUUUGUUCGUCAGUGUACCUCUUGCUGUUAGUGUUUGAGAUGCCGGACGGCCUCGGCUUGUCAGGGAAUGGUUAUUUGAAUUUGUUUUUAAAAAGGAUUGAAUUCUGCACAGGAAAGAUAAAAGGAGGCUUGCCGGGGAAGCAGACAUGGAGGCGGGAUAAUAAGUAAUUAAACGCGUCCACGUGAGGCUCAGGAAGUUCAUGUUCAUCCCAACCGCCACUGAAAUGCUCAUCUGAGUGAUGCUGUUGCUAUGGUAACGCAUUUGGAACCUCAUGCCGAGUGAGCGCUUGAUUUCAGCCACCUCAUUCGGCGGCACAUGUUGUGUUUGAUGGUUUUACCGUUGGCUCUAAAUUCUCCGGCGGCGUUGGAAGUGGCCUUUUUCGAGGUCGCCCGGCCCGUCUCUUUCCUCCUCGACGCGGUCGGCUCAGUCGGACGCGCUACGAUGUUCUCGCCGCUUCAAGUGGACACUCGGCGUCCCUCGGCCCUCUGGAACGCACGCACGCACGCACAGAAUCAGAAUCUGGUUUUCCCAUUUCAGCGGUCUUGACACGUGAGCGACCCAAUGGACGAGCAGUUCUAAAAAAAAAAAAAGUGUUGGCCUUGGUGAUAUUAAUUUGUGCUCAUUGCUUUGAAACACGGGGCUUUUACCCGACGAGUAGGCAGUGACAUUAAUUAAAGACCUAAGCCUUGUUUGUCUGUCUUCAGCAGAACCUGUAAAUAGUUGUUUUUGAAAAGAAAAAGAGACCAUCUCUCUUGGACAAAUGCACUGUUGUUUCUCCAACUGAACGCUUUUAUUUAUUUAAACAGAAAUUCUACAUAUUGGGGAAAUGAUAGUGUACAAACCGUUGGUCUUGUGCGUGCGCAGCGGCUGUACGGAGUACAGCUAACACAAGGAAACUAGCUGUUUAAGAGAGAGAAGAGCAUCGUCAAUUAACACCUGGUGCAGAACCAGGCUACUAAAUGGAGUUUUAUAUAAAAAAAACACACACAUGAAGGUUUACUAACCAAUAUAAAAAAAUGGGGGAAAAAAGCUUUGAAAAUGUUGUGUAGAGUAAUAAAUUGUAACAAUAUUUUAAAUAAAGUUAUAUAUUGGGAACAAA